AAAUCAUAUUCUUACUGUCUUAGUUUAUCCAAUAUCGAUAAAAUAUCGAUAUUUCAAAUUGACUAGAGAGCAGGAAAGAAGGAAACAAGAGGAGCACAUUGACAAAUCAACGAAAGACAAAGCGCCGGAGUCGUCCAAGUUUUGUGGAAACUCUCGCUUUUACAUACGCCUGUCCUUAGCCAGCCAAAUAUGUACUACUAGUUAGGGCUAUGCUUGCUUUUACACUAAUGCUAACGUCUCUAGUAAACGCGUGCAUUUGCUUUUCUCCAUUAUUCCCCCUUCUGUUGUGUACCCAAAGCACACCCUUUUACGGUUUCUUUCUCAUAUUAUGAAGGCCUUCUUUGUUUUAGUUAAUGGAAGCUCAAUUUCAGCUCUUCUUUAGAUAAGCUUCAUCGCAGUUUUGCAACAUGGUCAAGUCUCUUACUUUUGGAAAAAGACUGAAGAAUGGUUCAUAAAGCUGAUUUAGUUAUUAUUGGAAUCCGUAUCGGUGUGGCUUUUGGAAUUCUCAUUGCAUCACUUGUGUUUUUUGGAAUUCUCCGGAGCUCGACGUCAGUCACCGGAUUUCUGGUAUUGGUGGUACUCAUUGUUUUUUGAGUUCAUUGCAUCUAUUUCUUUUUAAAGAAAACUCUUUCACGCUUGAUAUUCUUGAUCAUGGAGUCUGACAAGAAAUUGAGUAAAUUUUAUGAGAAAUGGAAGCAAGUUGUGUGGUUUAUUCAGAGAGCAACUGUUGUUAAAGAGGGUGAUCAUGUUAGGAUUGAUAGGAUUGGUGGGGGAAGUGGGUUUUCGGUUUCUAAAGACGGACUAGUUUUCACUUGUUAUCAUGUAAUACAUGGUGCGAAUUUUAUCUUUGGACACAUGAUUAAAGAUGAAGAAGCUGAACCCGUUGUCCUUGACCUAGUAGUUUCUAAACCUGAUUACGAUAUUGCAGUUUUGAAAGUGAGAACGAAAGUGGGAACUGAGACAGUAAGUUAUAAAUAUGCUAAACUUUCAAAAGUACCCUUCAAAGUUGGGCAAACUACAUUGUGCGUAGGGAAUCCCUCUGCCUUACUGGGAACAUUCCAUUUUGGUAGAAUAGGAUUUCCCUGUAACAAUGUGACUCUACCUGAAGGUCCUAUGGAGUAUAAUCCCACUAGUUUAUCAGUCACACCGAAGUAUCCUGUCCAUGCCGAUCUUCGUUUCGACAAAACUGAAGAAACUGACAUACACCCCGAUCUUCCAACCAUACCAAUUAACAACUUAAUUACUGCACCCGGAUGUUCUGGCGCCCCCAUCUUUGAUCUUAAAGGAAAUGUUAUAGGAAUGCUAAGCAGUGUUUCUAGGUCUAGUUCUACGGCUAUUCAUGUUGUUGCUUUAGCGGUUGUUCUCAGACAUUAUUUAGGACCAAGGAAAUUUGUUCUCAGACGUGAUUUAGAACCAAGGAAACAAAGACAUCAAUGUUUUCUUCAGAUGCAUAAUUUCAGGAAAUUUUUGGCCUUUAAACGUAAACGAUUUAUUGUUGAAUUGGUUGAGUGAUGAACUGAGAUCAUGUUUGCAACUGCUUGACUUAUGAACUGAGAUCAUGCUUGCAACUGCUUGACUUAUGAACUGAGAUCAUGUGUGUGACUGCUUGACUGAUGAACUGAGAUUAGGUUUGUAACUGCUUGACUUAUGAACUGAGAUCAGGUUUGUAACUGCUUGACUUAUGAACUGAGAUCAUGUUUGUAACUUAUAUUGAUGUAUAUAACCAUUAAGUGCGUUCGUACGUGUUGGGUUACUAGUUGGCGCUCUGAAUUUUAGUGCGAUCUGCUAAUUUUUAUAAUUGUGCAAUUUGCAGGUAGAAGAUGAAGUUAUAAAAGCUGAUAAUGAUCCUUGAAGUUAUUUUCUUUGUAAUUCUGAUUCAGAUAUUGUUGAUUGCUUAUUGAACUAGUUUAGGCAAGCCUCAGAUCAUCAUCCCUUUUUGUAUGUUUAUUCUAGCUUGGCUAGAUAACCCAUGAUAAUUCUUAGGCUAUAAGUUCUUUUUUUUUUUUUUUUUUUUUUUGGUAAUUCUGAUUCAGAUAUUGUUGAUCGCUUACUGAACUAUUUGAUCCUAGUGUAGGCAAACCUCAGAUCAUCCCUUUUUGUAAGUUUACUUUUGCUUGGUGAGAUAACCCGUGAUAAUUUUUAGGCUAGAGGUUUUAUUG